GUCUCCGAGAAUACGCACCGAGCUUGUCCUUGAGACAUGACUGCCCGAGUGUCUCCCUGCUAUAUUCCCCGGACAGCCAAAUACUUUAACGCGUCUGUUUGACAAGAUGUUGGGUGUUUUUGUCAAGGCCGCGCUGCGGCCCGGCCUGGUGAAGCCAUGUCGCCUGGUCAGACCAGUAACACAGAUCCCAGAGAGGUCCCUGGUGCACCAGGAGGGUUUGCCUAAGCUGCCCGUGCCGCCCUUGAAGCAGACAUGUGAGCAGUACCUGGCUGCUCUGGAGCCCAUCGUCAGCGAGGAGGAGCUGGAACACACCCGGCAGCUGGUGAAGGAGUUCCUCACGGGUGGUGUUGGGGACAGGCUGCAGAAAGGCCUGGACCGACGGGCACACAAGACAGACAACUGGUUGUCAGAAUGGUGGAUGCAGUCAGCCUAUCUAGACUGCCGUAUGCCGGUGGCGGUCUACACCAGCCCCGGGGUUGUCCUGCCUCGCAUGCACUUCCACGAUCGACAAGGACAGAUGAGGUUUGCUGCCAAGCUGAUUGCAGGAGUUUUGGAGUUUAAAAAAAUGAUUGACACUGACACCCUGCCUAUAGAGUACCUGAGUGGGAAGCCGCUGUGUAUGGACCAGUAUUACCAGAUCUUGUCCUCCUGUCGUAUCCCUGGCCCAAAGAGAGACACUGUUGUUAAUCACAGCAUCGGGAAAAUACCUCUCACUCAUAUCACUGUGGUCCACAACUUCCAGUUCUUUGUCCUGGAUGUGUACCACAGCGAUGGCACCCCGCUGACCGUAGACCAGAUUUACAUGCAGUUGGAGAAGAUCUGGAACUCCUCUUUGCAGACUAACAAGGAGCCUAUUGGCAUCCUCACAUCACAGCACCGCAACACCUGGGGAAAAGCUUAUAACAAUCUGAUUAAGGAUAAAACGAAUAAGGAGUCGGUCCGUGCCAUCCAGAAAAGCAUCUUCACGGUUUGUCUGGACGCUCCGAUGCCGCGGGUGUCAGACGAGCUGUAUCAGAGCCGCGUGGCUGCCCAGAUGCUGCAUGGAGGCGGAGCUCGCUGGAACAGCGGCAACCGCUGGUUUGACAAGACAUUACAGUUCAUUGUUGGUGAAGACGGCACAAGUGGACUCGUGUAUGAACACGCACCUGCUGAGGGUCCACCCAUUGUGUUCCUCAUUGAUUUCGUUGUUCGAUACAUGUCGAGGAGUGAAAUAGUUCGCACUCCUAUGGUUCCCCUGCCCAUGCCUCUGAAACUACGUUUUAACAUCACACCUGAGGUCAAGAGAGACAUUGAGAACGCCAAACAAAAUAUGAACAUAAUGGUUCAUGACUUGGAUGUGAAGGUGCUUAUGUUUUCUCAUUUUGGAAGAAAACUGCCACAAAAACAUAAGCUGAGUCCAGAUGCCUUUGUGCAAAUGUCUCUUCAACUGGCCUACUUCAGGAUGUAUAAUAUUUGCUGCUCCACCUAUGAGAGCGCAUCGCUACGGAUGUUUAAAUAUGGGCGAACAGAUGCAAUUCGUGCAACUACUACAGACUCGUUUAAAUUUGUCCAGGCACUGCAAGACCCGGCCAAACAGAACACAGAGAGGCUGGCGCUGCUGCAGGCGGCCGCUCGGACACAUAAGGACAACAUGUACAAAGCAAUUCAUGGACAAGCCAUCGACAGACACCUCCUCGGACUGAAGAUGCUGAGUAUUAACGAGCUGACCUCCAUGCCUGAGAUAUUCAUGGAUACCUCGUUUGCUGUGGCUCAGCAUUAUAAUCUCUCCACCAGCCAGGUUGGCUCCAAGACAGACUGUGUGAUGUGCUUCGGUCCAAUGGUGCCAGAUGGCUAUGGAGUGUGUUACAAUCCCAUGGAUGAGCACAUCAACAUCGCCAUCACGGCCUUCAACAGCUGUGACGAGACGAACGCGGCCAAGUUUGCCCAGGCUGUAGAGGAUGCUCUGUUGGACAUGAGAGCUCUCCUGGAAGACACAGCUACAGCCGAGCAGUGAUCCCACACUGGGGCCUGGCAUGGUGCUUUUGUCCUGGCGGGCUGUGCGGGAGCUGGAACUGAACCGGUGCGGCGACGUCGCUGGCAGAAAGCCACGCUGGCACAGACGCACAAUGUACCGAGUGUGCUGGAGCUGAGGGGGGGAACCUGUUAUCGAAGGGUUGUGGGAAGUGCAAUGCGUGACUGCCUUUGUGAUGUGAAGUCAUUCUUUAUAAUGGAAAUUCUAUAUUUUAAUACAUUGUGUUUUACCUCAUUUUACAUUAACAUAAGUUGUUGAUUAUAAUGGUAGAAUAUUUAUUCUUGAUUUAUACUUUACAAGUCUCUAGUGCAGUCUUUAGAAUAAUACUGUCCUCACUUGACUUUGGUUUGGUUUGUUUAUUAGUUAUUUCGGGUCAAAAUAAUUACCACAAAUGAAAACUAAACAAGAGAAUGUUUUCUUUUUUUUUUUUAUUUUAAGUCUUUCCACGAACAAAAUAGAAGUUAAUAUUUGUUGAAAGAAUAUGUGAGUAUUGUAAACUAAAGAAAUGUUGAAUGUAAAUUCCAAAAAUCCAAUAAUAGUUAAUAUUUAUUAUCAAAGACGAAUAAAGGAAUAUUCGGCUCUGAAGCUCCCUUUGGAA